UGAAAGUCGCUGAACAUGGCAGGGACUUUUCUCUCACCUACUGUUCAAGCAUCCUUCAAACUGGAAAAGCCAGUUUCACAGCUGAUUCCGUACAUUAAAAGACUAGAAUAUGAUAUAUACAGUGAAAUAGGUGUCCCAAAUACAGAGGUAGCUAUUUUAUCCAUACACAAAAGUGGUACACCUAACUUCGCAAAUGUAACGUUUGGUGUUCUCUCUAAGCCACUGAAUGUUCCAAUAAACUCAGUGUACUUGAGUCUGCUGAGGUCAUCAUUGGUUGAACUGUUCCUCAAACAAUCUAAUCUAACUUUGACAACAUCAAUAUUUGGGAAUGCGUCUAUGUUUGAGAUUGCAACAGUACCUGGAGGCAUAUCUGUAAUACCUGUGCAGCUGGGUCCUAUUAUUCAGAUGCCUGAGAUUCUGUUUAAUUUUACUCUCAAUAGUUCAAUAAAUGAAAUACUGGAUGGUUUUGAUGACUUCAAGAAUGAGCUGAGAUUGGACUUGGAUCUAAGAUCCGAUGAGAAUGUUUACGUUCAAUUAUCAAAUGAAAUUGGCUCAACAGUAGCUCCCCCAGUGACAGUGCAGGUUUCAGUCACGUCAACGUUUGGAGUAAUUCCACCUCAGAGAUACCUUGAAUUGGCUAGAAUAAUAUCAGGCUUCACCGAGAAAAAUCUUGGCCGUGGGAACUCAAACUUUGGCAAAGUCAAAGAAGUCAGAUUAUCAUCUUAUUUUAAGGGCAUGUUUCAUGGAGAGGCACCAUCUUCCGCCCUGCUCCAUCCCCACAGCCCGUUGAUGCUGCUGAACCUUCAAUUUCACCAUAUCAUUCUCCUUCUCACUUUACCAGUAUCCCCAACUUCUGCUAACCGAUCCCCUGUUUUGACUGUCAAGCGUCAUCACCUGCGCCUUCUAUUGAGACGGGGCAUCCACCUGAUCCUUGUCCAUACAGUGGCUUCUCAUAUCAUCCGAGAUCAUCCCCAAAAUCUUAUUCUAAACCAUCCUUUAAAUCUGCUGCUCCUCCUCCCUCAGAUUUUGUGA